GCUUCGGCCAGAAUGGGUUUGGGCCAGAGAAAAUAAACACACUGGGUUUGAACCCCACUAUUGAAGUCGGACCCAAACUCGGUCCGUCCCAAAUGAAGCUUCACCGAUGAACGACAAGACUCACCCUUCACUAGCGGAAUCAGCACUUAGUUCCCGCAAGACGAUGCUGAGGAGAGUGUUUCGAAACGCCAGACAUGUGCGCGCAAACCACCAUAUCUCACUUUCCUCCCAACCAAACAGCACCUCCGCUCCGACCCAUGAAACUAUCCGACCCGAAGUCACCUCCACCACUUUCACUGAUAACAAAGAAAGCAAAACCAACAAUGUUGUAUCAGAUAACAGCAGAAAUGGUUUUGGAUUGCUGCGACUUGAAACCUCACCGGUCAUUCGUAUGGAUGACCAGAGCUGCGAUGAGUUUUCUUCUGACGUUGAAAAGAUUUACGGAAUCUUGAAGAGAUUCCACUCGAGGGUUCCGAAACUGGAGCUGGCUCUGCAAGAAUCAGGGGUCGUCUUGCGGUCGGGCUUGACCGAACGUGUAUUGAACCGGUGCGGCGAUGCCGGAAGCUUGGGGUACAGAUUUUUUGUCUGGGCUUCGAAGCAGCCUGGUUACAGACCCAGCUACGAGGUUUACAAAGCCAUGAUCAGGGUCUUGGGGAAGAUGCGCCAAUUCGGCGCUGUUUGGGCUUUGCUCGAGGAAAUGAGGAAAGAGAAUCCCCAGUUGAUAACCCCUGAUGUGUUUGUGGUUUUGAUGAGGAGGUUCGCUUCGGCGAGGAUGGUAAAGAAAUCAAUUGAAGUGUUGGACGAAAUGCCCAAGUACGGCUGCGAACCCGAUGAAUAUGCGUUUGGCUGUCUGUUGGAUGCUUUGUGCAAGAAUGGAAGUGUAAAGGAUGCAGCUUCACUGUUUGAGGAUAUGCGGAUUAGAUUUAGGCCAAGUCUCAAGCAUUUUACUUCUUUGUUGUAUGGUUGGUGUAGAGAAGGGAAGCUUAUGGAGGCCAAAUUCGUGUUGGUUCAGAUGAAAGAAGCUGGUUUCGAACCUGACAUUGUAGUUUACAACAAUUUGCUUGGUGGGUAUGCUCAAGCAGGGAAAAUGGCGGACGCAUAUGGUCUUCUGAAAGAGAUGAAGGAAAAAGGCUGUAUUCCCAAUGCGACUUCUUAUACCAUUUUGAUUCAGGCGCUUUGUGGUCGGGAAAAGAUGGAGGAGGCAAUGAGGGUAUUCGUUGAGAUGCAAAGGAGUGGUUCUGAGGCAGAUAUUGUGACUUACACAACUUUGAUUAGUGGGUUUUGCAAAUGGGGAAAGAUUGAAAAGGGUUAUGAGAUUUUGGAUAGUAUGAUACAGAGAGGGCAUAAUCCAAAUCAAAUGGUUUAUCUGCAUAUCAUGAUGGCCCAUGAGAAGAAGGAAGAGCUUGAGGAAUGCUUGGAGCUCAUGGAGGAAAUGAGAAAGAUCGGUUGCAUUCCUGAGCUUAACAUAUACAACACGGUGAUCCGAUUGGCAUGCAAAUUGGGAGAGGUUAAAGAAGGUGUUCGAGUCUGGAAUGAAAUGGAAGCAACGGGGCUUAGUCCAGGACUAGAUACUUUUGUCAUCAUGAUUCAUGGGUUCCUAGAACAAGGUUGUCUCGUUGACGCAUGCGAUUACUUCAAAGAAAUGGUUGGCAGAGGUCUCUUGUCUGCCCCACAAUAUGGUACCUUGAAGGAGUUAAUGAAUACUCUUUUACGAGCUGAGAAGCUUGAAAUGGCUAAAGAUGUAUGGAGUUGCAUUGUAACUAAGGGGUGUGAGCUUAAUGUGUCAGCAUGGACAAUAUGGAUUCAUGCAUUGUUUUCCAAAGGGCAUGUGAAGGAGGCUUGUUCUUACUGUUUGGACAUGAUGGAUUUGGAUUUGAUGCCACAGCCUGAUACUUUCGCUAAGCUUAUGCGCGGUUUAAAGAAACUCUAUAACAGACAGAUUGCAGCAGAGAUCACUGAGAAGGUGAGAAAGAUGGCUGCAGAUAGACAGAUCACUUUCAAAAUGUAUAAAAGGCGAGGAGAGAGGGACUUGAAAGAACAAGUUAAAGAGAAAAAGGAUGGGAGGAAAAGGAGAGCUCGAAGACGCCGCUGGGGUGGCAAAACAGAUAGAGCUAAACUUUUGUAGUUUGGAAGAGAAAGGUGUGAAAAAUAAAUGAAAUUUGCCCUGCUAAUGCCGAAUUUCUUUCAAAAUAUUCUUAAUUGCUUCAAGCUGCUGGGAUUUCUUUUUUUCUUUUGUAUAUUACCUCUUUUUCUGCUGCUAGUGGUGUAUGUAGUAUUUGGAUAGACAAAUUUUGUAGAAACGUCAAAUCCAAUAUACAUUGAAUUAUAGUUGCUUGCCAA